AUGGUCCAUGUCCGCCUCCCCCCUAUUGGCGGCCAGAAGAACUCAAGGGUCAACUGGAUGGACAUCGAGAUGACAGACGGUGGUGCUGUUCAGCAUGAAUUCCAUUGUUGCGAUACGCGCAAUAAGGUCGAUGCGCGGCUCGACACGCUACAAGACCGGAUGAAAGAAGUCUUUCCUGUGGAAUAUGAGAAAUUCAGGUUGGUAAAUUGCAUGGUUAACAGCUGGAUGACCUGCGAACAAUGUUACGAGAAGUUCAACGUCGAGAACUGCAAGAAGUGUGGCAAAAAGUGCAUAAAGCUAUAA